AUGCCGCCACUCACACGGUCUCGAUGUUGGACUAACUCGAACACGAGCCCGUAUCCCUUGCAUUACGCCACUCCGCCACCAGCAACCGCGACCAGCGCCGAAGACAGCGACCAAAGGGAGCGCCUUGAAAACCUCCUGAGGAGUGCACAGGUCCCCUCCAAAUGGACCGAAGCUCCGGGUCGGGAAUUCGUCCCGUCCAAGAAGCUGGAAGAGCUGGUAACGAGGGACGCGGUCAGGGCCGAGCUAGAAGCCGGCCCGACUCAAUUCACGCGCCGGAAGCUGCAAAAGAUACUUGGUGCGGUUUGCGGAACUCCAAAGGACCCGCAGCGCGCGUCCGCCCGGCGGUUGUUUGCCAUCCUCGUCCUGAUCGGGGAGGCGGCACUGAUCGGCGGCGUCAUAGAAGAACGCAUCACCGAUGACCAUCUCCCGCUCCUGUAUACUCGCAGCCACCGCGGUGCGCCCAAAGUACUAUGUAGGAGAGCGCCGCGUGGACAAGAUCCAAUCGUGUGCCAGAGCCUCGCCCACCUUCCGGCACGGGACCAGGAGGCGUUUGAGUCAAAGCAGUAUACCAUCCACGUGCCGUCGUUCCGGUUGAGUUCCGCCUCUGCGCCCGAGAUACAGCACUUGACGCUAGACUGGGACAUGAUGCUGCCGUUUGUCAGCGACGAGGACGCGGCCGAGGAUGAGUACGGGUUCGCCGCCGCGUUUGCGGCGCAGCCAAGAGUCGGCCAUGGGGACUCGGCAGCGUCGUCGGGUACGCGGACGGGGGGUUUUGGUGAGGUCCGCAAGAUCAGGAUACAUCCUCAGCAGUACAAUUGUCAAGAUUUCCCGACAUCAGAAAGCAGCAACAACUGCUUUGCUCUAAAGAUCCUAAAGGUCAACACGCGCAAAGAGGUUUUUGCUCGGGAAAGGACGAGCCUGGAGCGUCUCAUGGCAAGCCCCCACGCAAACAUUGUCUGCCUCCUGGGGACUAUGGAGCGUCAGAGUCCUCACUUGGGGAACAGCAGGUACUACUUUAUCUUCCCCUGGGCCGACUCCAACCUGCACGACUUCAUCACGACCAAGCACCCGAAACUCUCCAGCCUGAGUAGAGACGUGGCGCUGGUGAGGUGGAUGGCGCGGCAGAUGCUAGGGCUGGCCGAGGCGCUCAAGCUCGUGCACCGGACCGAGGGCGUGGGCGCGGUGGACACGAAGAAGACGCACGGGCGGCACGGCGACAUCAAGCCGCAAAACAUCCUCUGGUACCGCGGGGUCGGAGACGAUAUGGGCACGCUCAAGCUCGCCGACUUUGGCGCGGCCGAGUUCCACUCGGAGCACUCGGUCAACGUCCAGGCCGAGCUGGCGCAGCACUCACCCACGCACCGGGCGCCCGAGCACGACACGUCUGCGUUCGUCACCCCGCGCGUCGACGUCUGGUCGCUCGGCGCCGUCCUGCUCGAGCUCGUGGUUUGGUACAUGUGCGGGUACCAAGGGUGGAAGGACUUUACCAGAGCGAGGUCGGAAGAGGACGACGGCGUGAAUGUGGGCAGGAUGAUCCAGCUGGACAAAUAUUUUAAUGUGGUCAGACGGGAUGGCAUUCCUAGGGAUGCGUUUGUGAAGGAAGCUGUGCAUAAACAAAUAUCAGACCUUCGAGACCACGGACUAUGCAGCUCAUACUUCGCCAAGGUUCUCGACAUAAUUGAACAGAAAAUGCUCAUCAUUCCAUUCAACGACCGCAUAUCAUGCAGGGAUCUCGUUCGCAAGUUCCAGACCCUCAGCCGAAAAUGUCAAGACUCAGAACCCUUCUGUACUGAACCGCACUAUCGUAUCACCGCCGCAAUGAGCGCCACCCCGACAUCCAGCUCAUCCGCCCCGAGGACCCCUGAGGAGCGGCCCGGUCUCUCAGAAAUGGGAUCCAACUUCAGCAGCGUUCCGAGCCAGCCACCAAAAGCUGAAGUCUGGAGUCUUUCCCCGUUGGUCGGGGGCUACCAGACCCCCAUGACUAGCAGGGAAAACACGCAGGAGUUUGACGUGCUGUUCACCGAGCAACCAGAAACCUGCGACACGGCCCAGGGCGCAGUCAAGGCCCCGCUGAGGAAGAGCGAUAGCGUGCCCGAGGAUGGACGGCAACACAACGUGCCGCCCAAGGGGGCUUACCUGUCAACGUCUACUGUAAACUGCUCACGGCCAACGAGUAAAGUCGCCACGUCCUUCUCAAGUCUGAGGAAUGAGCUUACCGUGGAUGGGUGCUUGUCGUUGAGCUCCGGUAGGAAAAGGACUAACAGGGAGAUGUUUGAGGAUGAAUACAGACCACGGAAGAUCGUGAAACGACUAACAAAAUGA